AUGCCCUCCUUCACCAUUGAGGCGGAGGGGGAAACCAAUCCUCUAACCAGGAACGCUGUCAUUUCUACUCUCAAAAGUGUCUCACACCCCACAGCUCAGAGCCUAAAGGUAGCUACGCAACAGAUUGGAAACUGGGAAAAGUCACCCGGCUACUAUGCCCUCCUUCAAGAUGUCUACGCCGACUUCUCACUGGACCAAGAGGUCCGUUUCCAAGCCAUCAUCCAACUCAAGAAUGGCAUCGACAAACACUGGCGCAAAACCUCUGUAAAUCCCAUCAGCAAGAUUGAGAAGGAACAGAUCAGAUCCAGAUCCAUCGAAGCGGGGGUGCGAGAGCCUAUAUCUGCCCUUGCACUCCAGAAUGCCCUGAUGCUCGCAAAGAUUGUGCGAUAUGAAUUUCCCCAUGAUUGGCCGGAUGUCAUCAAUGUUGUGAUCCAGCACCUUCGAGCAGCCAGUGAGGACCCAAGCGCAACCCUUUACAUUUCGAACAUUUUAACCAUUACCCUGCAAAUAAUCAAGGAACUGGCGUCGGGACGUCUGCAGCGCACGAAGAAGAGCCUCCAAAAUGUGGCAUUGGAACUUUUGCAGGUUCUUGGCCGCCUCUAUGUUAGUUUGGUGGCCAGAUGGCAGUCAGCUGUAGAUCAGUCUGACCUUGCCAGCGCAGUCAGCAGUCAUUCAGCGUUGAAGACAUUGCGGCGUCUUCUCGUUGUUGGCUUCGAGAAUCCUCAUCGGGAGGAGGCUGUCAAGCAGUUUUGGGAUCUCCUGCAGACGCACCAACAGGCCUUUUGGGCAGCUUACAGCCAAGAGGUUCCUGCCGAAGUUCGAAAUGUAGUAUUGAAGCAUCUGCUUCAACUGGCCAAGUUGUAUCUCGACAUGGCGCGAAAUCACCCUGCCUCCUUCGUCCUUCUUGGCUGCAUGGACAUCUUGAAUCACUCUUGGUCGAUAAUCAGUCAGAGCGGGACCGGCCGGUCAGCCUUGCAGGCCGACUUCGAUUGGAAAGUGUAUCGCCAUGGCGAUAGUGCUGAAGAGUCACCAGUGGAGAAGCUUUGCUUGAAAGCUCUCCUCCUUUUCCGUGCUUGCAUGAAAAUGGUCUUCAAUCCCGUCCAAACAUUCAAAUAUGUCACCCCCGAGGACAAGCAAGACAGAAAAGACGCCGUCGACUACGUCAAAAACAUAGUUCUUACGCAAGACUUUGUUCUUCGGCUGAUGGAACUUUUAGUGACCCAAUACUUCGUUCUUCGGCCAUCUGACUUGCGCGACUGGGAACAGGAGCCAGACGAGUGGGAACGCCGAGAGGAAGAAAUUGCAGAUGCAUGGGAGUUUUCCAUCCGCUCAUGUUCGGAAAAGUUGUUCCUAGACCUCGUCAUCAACUUCAAAGAGCUACUGGUCCCACGAUUACUCCAGGUCUUCUAUCAAUACGCGACCACUUCCAACACCGAUGUGCUUCUGAAAGACAGCCUCUACGCGGCUAUCGGCAUUGCGGCCGCUUGCUUGGAAGAUGUCCUUGAUUUCAAUACUUUUCUCCGUGAAACAUUGGUGCAAGAAGUGCAGAUGAACCGACCAAACUACAACCUCCUUCGUCGGCGAACUGCAAUUCUACUAGGCCAAUGGGUCCCAAUCAAACCCGAGGUAGUCGACCGAGUCGCAGUGUAUCAGAUAUUCACACACUUGCUUUCCAACCGGGAGCCCCUCAAUGACCAUGUCGUUCGCGUGACAGCAGGACGACAGCUACGCCUAGUACUAGAACCUUUUGAAUUCAGCUACUCCGAUUUCCGCCCCUACGCGACGCCUUUGCUUGAAGGUGUCAUGUCUCUUAUCACCGAGACAGAACUAUCAGAGACAAAAAUGGCAUUACUUGAGACAGUCAGGGUGGCUGUUACGAGAUUGGAAGGCCACAUAGAGCCGUACGCGCAGGGCAUAAUGUCGAUGCUCCCGCCAUUGUGGACAGAGUCUGGCGAAGAACACUUGAUGAAACAAGCAAUAUUGACCUUGAUCACCGCAAUCGUCAACAGUCUUGGGCAGAAGAGUCUGGCUUACCAUGGUCCCAUUCUGCCCUUGAUUCAUGACUCUGUCCAGCCACAGUCGGAAGCGAUCGUGUAUCUCCUGGAGGAGGCACUCGAGCUGUGGGUUGCCAUUAUACAGCAGACCCCAACGGAACGCGCCUCUUCAGACCUGUUGUCCCUGUCUCAAUCUCUCCUUCCACUGUUGGAUAUGGGCAGUGAACUCUUAAGGCAGAUCUUUGAACUCACAGAAUCUUACACAAUAUUGUCGCCCACCACGAUUCUGUCACCUCAAUUUCUGACGCCGCUCUUGACAUCGAUGAAAUCUCUCUUGCCCGCCCUAUCGACUAGCCGAGCACGAGAUGCGUCAUUAGCACCUCAUGUACUGGAAAACCUCGUCGCCACAAUUUCGAUCGAGUCCCAGUCCACUGUGAACCCUCAACAAGCCCUCACACAUCUGUUGGAAUCAAUGAUAAGUACCGACUACCUAGCAUCUCUGCUGGAGCUCCUCAAGGAAGCAUAUGAAUAUCACCAAGAUCCUCGUCCGAGUCGCAAGCCACCAGACAUAAUUGGCCCGGGAGAGACAAGCCUUUUCAGCCUGCUGGCACGAAUGGCCCUUCUCUCACCGGACCAAUUCACUCAAGCCAUCACCGCCACUAACAUCACAUCCCCCGUGUCGACAUCAGCACUAAUGUCGUCUUCUCUUCCAUCACCAGUCCAGUGGCUUCUGGUAGAAUGGUUCCUUCACAUCGAUACCAUAGGCGACAUCCUAAGCAAAAAGCUCCAAGUCCUCGCCCUCACAAAUUUGCUUACUUGUACUGUUCCACCUCAUUUCCCAACAAUCAUGCUGGAGAAUCUUGAGACACUAUUCACAAUUUGGACCGACAUUUGUAUGGAACUGGGUCAGGAAGCAGCAGAUGAGUCCGAGGGCGACUAUUUAUGGCAUAAUCGCCAUGGAGAUGGUGGAGAUGUCCCCGAGUGGCCGGAUGCAACGCCAGAGGAUGGGCGGAAGAGGGUCAUCAGUAACAAUGACCCGAUCUACACCGUCAACAUACGCGAAUUCAUUGGUUCAAGAUUGAGGGAAGCGAUAGAGAGGACAGGCGGAUUGCAGAGUUUUCAGCAGAAAUGGGUGAGUGGAAUUGACGAAACGAUUGUCAAGAGCUUCGUAAAUGUGAAUUUGCUGUGA